CUCAGUCUCGAGUUCUGUAGGGACGCUUUUCCAAAUCGGAUUUGUAAAUUUGCGUCUGACAUAUCCCAUCCGCAAGGAUUCCGUCUGUCCUCUCGCAUACUCACUCUCUUCCACUUGCUCUCAUACAGUCACUCCCUUUUCAUGCCAUCAUCAGACAAAAUAGCCCAGCUGUACUGCACCUCCUUCCUCCUCGAUCAACUUCUGCUCUUCUAAUCACUCGACCUUUCCGCCGUCACUUCGUCUCCACCCUCCUUCUUCCGGGGCCUGAGCGCAACACUCAUGGCCCCGCAUUCCUCUACGAUGGCAUUGCUCGUUGCCCUCCUCCUCCUCCUCCUACUCCUCAUUGCCCUCUCCGUCCCCUCCGCUGCUACAUCCGCCUCCCUGGCGGGCGUCAACUACGGACGGGUGGCCAACAACCUACCCCAGCCCGAGUCCGUGCCCCGCCUCCUCGCCUCCAUCGGCAUCGGGCGUGUACGACUCUACGACGCCGACCCCGCCGUGCUCCGUGCCUUUGCAAACACUGGCAUCGAGCUCGUUGUCGGCCUCCCCGACCGCUGCCUCCCGUCCGUGGCCGCUGACCCUGCUGAGGCCCGUGCAUGGGCCCGCACCCACAUCCAGGCCUUCGUCCCUGCAACCAAGAUCGCCGCCGUCACCGUCGGCAAUGAGGUCCUCACCGGCACGAACGCCUCCGUCCUCGCCCGCUGCCUCGCCCCGGCCAUGGAGAACCUCCACGAUGCCCUCGCCGCCCUCAGCCUCGAUCGAGACGUCAUCGUCACCUCCACCCACUCCCUCGCUGUACUCGCCUCCCCGUCCUACCCGCCCUCCGCCGCCGUCUUUCGCCCGGACCUCCUCCCCCUCGUUCGCCCUCUCCUCGCCUUCCAUGCCCGCACCGGUUCCCCACUCUUCGUCAACGCAUACCCCUACUUUGCCUACGCGGAGGACCCUUCCGGCGUCGGGCUUGAGUACGCGCUACUCGAUCCGGGGGCCGCUGCUUUCAGGGACGCGGCGACCGGCCUCCGCUACGCCAACCUUCUCCAUGCCCAGGUUGACGCCAUGUACCACGCCAUCUCUGCGGCAGCUGCGCCCUCUUCGAAGGGCUGCAGGGUGGAGGUGCGGGUCUCGGAGACGGGAUGGCCGUCUGCAGGCGACGCCAACGAGACGGGGGCGACGCCGGAGAACGCGGCCCGGUACAACGGCAACCUGAUGCGGCUGCUGGCGGGGCAGAAGGGAACGCCGCUAGUGCCCGGGAUGCCGCUCCGAGCCUACGUCUUCGCCCUCUUCAACGAGAACCAGAAGGCAGGGCCGUCCUCCGAGCGCAACUACGGCCUCUUCAAGCCCGAUGGCACCCCGGCUUACCAGCUCGUCGGCUUCGCAGUACCCCAGGACGGCAACUCCACGUCCACCGCCGGCAUGGGUGGCGGAAGAAGCGGCAGCGGUGAGGGCUCACCCGGUGAGCUGGUCGGGGAGUCCGGGUACUUCAGCAUCUCCACCGCCUUGCCGAACUUGCAGCAGAGGGUAGCGGCAGUGGCUGCAGCUGCGGCGAUCGCAGGAGUGAGUGUGUUCUUGAGAUUAUUCUGACAGCCCACCCCAGUCUAACCUUGCUGGCGUGCUGCAGCGAAAAAAAUAAUCCAAAAACAAAACGUUGCUUUAGACAACUUUUGUACGAUUUGUAAUUUGUAGUUACUCCGCGUUACUCUUUCAUCUUUAUUUCUUUAGAUUACCGUUGUGACUAUUCGUCGGUGGUGUUCGUGUUGGCGAAGACGUAAUCAUAGUAAUUUAACAA